AUGCCAGUUAGUCCAUUAACUUUAAAUAAUUGGGUUAAACCAGUUCAUUAUGAUUUAAAACUAGAUAUUGACCCAACAAGUUCUAACUUUAAAGGUGAUGCGUUGUAUACCGUAAAGGCAAACUCUACAACUUUUGAUUCUUUCAAAUUACAUUGCCAAGAUCUAGUGAUUAUCAGUCCUAAAAUAAUUGAUAAAACUAAUACAAUUGAUUUGAAAGUUAAUUAUGAUAAAGAAAAUCAAAUGGUAAUAUUCCAAUUGAAAGAUCCAUCAACUUCAAAUGUUAUAUUAGAAUCUAUGGAUUUCACCCUAUCCUUUUCAUACAUUGGUAAGAUCAAUUCUGUCAAGACAAAUAAUGAUAGUACAUUUGGUGUAUUCAAAUCAAACUUUAUGGAUCAAACUACUGGAAGAUCUGAUAAUUAUAUAAUAGCUACACAUUGCCAACCUUCUUUUGCUAGAACCAUUUUCCCAUGUAUUGAUGAGCCCAAUAUUAAAACUACUUUCCAAUUAACUUUAAUAACGUUAUCUAAAUUCAAAGCUAUUUCUAACUCAUCAAUUUCUUCAACAGAAAUUAUUGAAAAAACCAAGAAAACUAUUUUCCAAUUUAAUAAAACUCCACUAAUGACAACAUCUAUUUUCAGUUUUGCCAUUGGUGAUUUAGAAUUUAUGAAAGGUGAAACUAAAUUACCUGUUUCUAAUAGAACAAUUCCGAUUAGGAUUUACGCAAUAAAGGAUGUUUCAUUAGCAACUUUUGCACUUGAUACAGUUCAAAAAUAUCUACCAAUAUUGGAAAGUUAUUUUAAUUAUUCAUAUCCAUUAGAUAAAUUGGAUUUUGUCUUGUUGCCAUUUUUAACAGAUAUGGCCAUGGAAAAUUUAGGUAUGAUUACGAUUCACAUGAAUCAUAUGCUAUUACCACCUAAUAUCUUGGCCGAUAAAUCUAUUUCUCAACAGGUACAACAAGUUCUAGUACAUGAAUUAGUUCAUCAAUGGAUGGGCAAUACUAUAAGUUUUGAUUCUUGGGAAUACUUAUGGUUUAAUGAAGCAUUUGCUACAUGGUUAGCAUGUGCUCUUUUACAAGAAAAUGAUGAUCUUUCCAAUUAUUGGGAUUCAGAUGAUUAUCAAAUACAAAUAUUGGGUAGUGCUAUGUUAAAUGAUUCUAGUAAAAAUUCCAAGAGUAUUUAUGAUAUUUCACACAAGAAUAUUGAUGACAAGAAAAAUGUUACUUCGAAAUCGAGUACUCAAGAUUUCUUUGAUGCUCAUUCAUAUAAUAAAGGUAUUGCCAUUUUGAGAUCAUUUGAAAGAUGUACUGGUAGUAAUAAUGUUAAAUUAGGUUUACAAAAAGUUUUUGCUGAUAAAUUUUUCAUUGAACAAUGUGUAAAACCAUUAGAUAUUUGGACACAUGUUGGUAAUACCUUAAAAUCGAAAAAUAUCUCCAAUUUUUUCUAUUCUUGGACUAAAUUAGCUGGUAUUCCUAUUGUUUCAGUAAAAAUGGAUGAUUCUAAAGUUAACUUAACUCAACACCGUUUUUCUAAUGAUAUUAUUGAUGAGAAAUCUCGAAAUGAAAUUGAAGAUGUUCCAUAUCAUAUCCCAUUAUUAUCAUUGUUAAAAGACGGGGGGUCAGAUGAGAAAAAUGUUUUAAUGACAGAUAGAACUUUAACUUUGGACGAUACUCCAAUUCUUUUAUUAAACCAUAAUUCUCAAGGUUAUUAUUACGUUUCAUAUGAAUCCAUUGAAUCUUAUGAAUUAAUUUCUCAAUCGAUCUUGAAUAACACUAUUACUGAAAUUGAUCUUUUAAAAAUUUUUGAUGAUAUCCAUGCCUUUUUAAAUACUACUUAUUAUCAAAAACCUAUCCAUAUUGAAGGUGCAUUAAAAUUGUUAAAAGUAUUAGCAUCUGAUAAGAUUGAUUUAUCAUCAUUGAUUUAUUUGAAACCAAUCUGUAAAGGUUUAGAAGUUUUACAAACAAUAACUAAUAGUGAAUUAUUAUCCAACAUCUCCAAUAGAAAUAAGAAAUUUAAAACCAUUAUGAUAGAUUCUAUCAUCAUGCCAUUAUUUCAGAAGUUGAAAUUUUCCCUUAAAUCACCGUUAUUUACUGAAGAGGAAUUAAUGAAUCAAACCAAAUUACAAAUCUUGGCUCAAUUAUUAUCUUUGGGGAAAAACGAAAAAUUAAUUAUUGAAUAUUGUUCGAUAUAUUUCAAACAUGUUUUACAAGGUCCCAAACAAUCUAUUCCGUUUGAUAUUGUUAGUAGUACUUAUAUUGUUAAUUCUACACAUUUCACUACUCUUAAGAAUUGGAAGAAAUUGUUUGAUUUAAUUAAAAACAGCAAGGGGAUUGCUUCACAUAUUAUUGAUAUUGAUUCAAAUGAUAAAAACCAAAUAACUGCAUUACAAAACAUGGCAUUAGAAAGUAUUAGUUUUUCACUAGAAUUAGAACUGAUUAAUAAAGUAUUGAAUUUCAUCAACAAUAGUAUCGACUUGACAGGUAUUGAAACAUCUCUCUUUGGAUUAACCUUCAACGGUAAAUGUCAUGUAUUAAGCAAGGGUAAACCUGAAAAGAAUAAUAAAUUAGUAGAAGAAAUCGUUUGGGAUUGGUACACCAAGUACUACCCAAUCUGGGUCAAAAAGGCCUCUCGUCCAGGAUCCCAAGCCUCUCAAAACACUAGAAAAUCCUUGCAUAAUAUAACCAUGGUCGUAUUUCAAAUGUAUGCGACUCAUGACUCUGCCAUUAAAUCAUUUAUCAAGACUUCCGAAGAGGCUAUAUACAAUGAUACUAUCAAUUUAGAAUCCAUUUGGAACAAUGUUGAAACAAGACUUCAACCGAAAAGAAAGACACUAGAAAAUAUGAAACUAGCCUGUGUAUAA